AUGUGGAAAAGGUAUCAUUUAUUCAAUGGUAUUAGUGCUGGACUCUUGAUAAACUUGACUAGUUGCAGUUGGAAUGCGACACCAUUUCUUGCUGGCCUUGCUGUAGCUGCUGCAGCACUUGCUAGCAAGUAUGGCAUCCAAGCUUGGCAAGCAUUCAAGACACAACCCCCAAAACCCAGAUUGCGCAAGUUCUGCGAUGGUGGUUUCCAACCUACAAUGACAAGGAGAGAAGCAGCUCUAAUAUUAGGCGUCAGGGAAAAUGCAACUGCUGACAAGGUGAAGGAAGCACAUAGAAGGGUUAUGGUUGCAAACCAUCUGGGUGGAAGUCUUGCUUCCAAAAUAAACAAAGCCAAAAAGGUUAUGGUUGGGAAGGGAAAGGGAAGUGGAUCUGCAUUUUAA